GCAUCGUCUUGCUGGUGUCGUUUCCCUGUGACACCGAAGUAAGGCUUAGGCUGUCAGAUCGCUGAAUCGCGAGGUUCUCAGCCCGUUAACUGGAGUAUUUCCCCCAUCGCUCCAGGGUGUUUAACGAAUGACAAUGGCGAUGGAGGAUUCUAAGAAGCGCAAGGCUGACGACAGGGACGCCAACGGCGCAUCGGGCGGGGGGGAUCGCGAUCGAGAUCGCGAUCGCGGUCACCACAAGGCGGGUCCGUCGGGUCGUUUUGAGCCGUCGGAUCCGUCGGCGGGGCUCACGGCGCACCAGGCGCGGAUGCUCGUGGACGUCAUGAAGGACGGCGACGUUCGCGAAGCGCUCGUGAGCGCGGCGAUGUCGCACGGCGCCGUCGCAGAUGCGGUGAUGGAGGUCGUCGGUCGCGACCCGCAGCAGCGGCGAAUCUUCGUGCGCGGGCUCGACUUCAACACCACCGGCGAGACGCUUCGCCGAAUCUUCGCGUCGUUCGGCGACGUCGACGACCUCCAGAUCAUUCGCGAGAAGCAGACCGGCAAGUCGCGCGGCUUCGGCUUCGUCACGUACCGGUCGCUGAGGGGCGCCAUGCGCUGCCUGGAGGAGCCCUCCAAGCUCAUCGACGGCCGAAUGGCCGUCUGCCAGCUGGCCACGCUCGGCCCGGGCGGCGGCUCGGCGAACGCUGACGUGGCGGCACGGAAGAUUUUUGUGGGGAACGUCCACGUGGAGCUGACGUCAGAGCAGCUGCUGUCGUUCUUUUCGCAAUACGGAGAUAUCGAGGAGGGGCCGAUCGGAUUCGAUAAGAGCACGAGGAAGAGCCGCGGAUACGCGAUAUUCGUCUUUAAGACCGCGGAAGCUGCCCAGAAAGUUUUGGAGGAGCCGAAUAAAAUCAUUCACGGGCACCAGGUUUUCUGUAAGCUCGCUGGCGAAAACAGAGGCAAACAGCAGCAGCAGCAGCAGCAGCAACAGCAGCAGCAGGCGGGGUUAGUGGGGGUAGUGGGGGGAACAGAGGAGCAGCAGCAGCAGCAGCAGGCGUAUAUGCAAGGCUAUCCGCAGAUGGUCGUGUAUGGGGGGGAUGCGCAAGCUGCCGCUUACGCCGCGGCAUAUGCGCCUGCCGCGUACGCGCAGCAGUUUCAGGGGGUUCCGCAGCAGCAGCAGCAGCAGCAGCAGCAGCUGUAUCAGGUGGCGGACGUAUACGCGCAGCAGGCGCAGGCGCAGGCGCAAGUGCAAGCCCAGGCGCAGGCGCAAGCCCAGGCGCAGGCGCAGGGGCAAGUUCCCCUGCAAGCGCAGCAGUACUACCAGCAAGCGCCCGCCGCUGUCGCCUACCCGCAGCCUGUAGCUGGUUUCCAGCAGCCUGGUUACCAGCAGGCGGCAGGUGGUUACCAGCAGGCGGCAGGUGGUUACCAGCAGGUGGCAGGUGGUUACCAGCAGCAACCAGUGUAUGUAACCCCUGCUGCUGCCGCGCCAACUCAACCUACCCCGGGUCAGCCCUACCAAGGCGCGCCCCAACCCGCGCUCAUGCAGCCUCCGCCUGCUGCCCCCUCCUCCCAGGGUUAUCCCCCCCAAGCUGCGCCCGCGCAGGGCUACUACGCGCCCCAGGGGGCAGUGCCGGCGCAGGGGGGGUACGUGCAGGCGGGGGUUGCGCCCCAAGGGGGAGUUUACUAUCCGCUGCAGGCGCAGGGACAGGCGCAGGGGCAGGCGCAGCAGCAGGGGCAGCAGCCUGGAGGGAAAGGUGGCGCUGGGAAGGCUUCCCCCCAGCCUGGCGCAGCAGCAGGGACAGGGGCAGGUGGCAUGCCUGGUUACCCUGCAACAUUGCCGCAGCAGGGCCAGCAGCAGCAGGGGGCAGGGCAGCAAGGGGUGUAUGCAGGGGCGCCGCAACCAGGGCAGGUGUAUGCGCGACAGGGCGCUCCUGGUGGUGCCGCUCCGGCUGCAGGGGGCUACUAUGGCGCUCAGUAGCCUUGUUAAAGAAUGAUCUUGAGGCGCCUGAAAAGAUCGCCAGUUAUGGUGCCCACUAGCCUUGUUAAAGACGACUCUUGAGGCGCCUGAAAGAAUCGCCAGUUAUGGCGCUGAGUAGGUCUGGUGAAGGAUCUCAGAUGUGACCGCUGCAAGGGGGAGGGCAGCAGGGGGUGAUGUGUGGUUGGGGGACUGCGGUGGAGUCGACCUAUUCGGCUGUUGGUGUUAGUGGGUUGCCAGGGUGUUGUGUGAGGAUGGUGCUGGCUGCCUGAUGUUCUGCUGCCACGCUGGAGCUGAUCGGUGGUUAUGAGUGGCUGUGGCUCCCGUUCACCUGCAUCGGCCGCAGCUUCACCCCACCAUUCUCCACCAUUCUCUGCCAUUCCGUUCUUGUGACUACGGCUGCCAGCAUCCACGGAGGUUUGUGUGUCAUGUUGGCCCGCACCGCGUUGGGCGCACUCGGCGAUCCUUCUCCCCCUCGUCGCCUCCUUCCCGGGCCUCUCAUGGCCCUUUCUCGCUGUCCUUUCACCUUGUUUUCCACGAUCUGUUUGGGCUCAUACGUUCGCCUCCGUUCUCCCAUUCCUGUUAUACUGCCUGGCUUAUGAGUCGACUGCUUCCUGUCUGCUUCUGAUUCGACUCACAAUCGUUCGCCUCCGCUCUCCGCGUUUCUGCUUCACUGCCGGGCACUCUCUUUCUAUCUUCCCAGCUCUCUGAAUCUGCCCUAUUCUGCUGAUCGCUCUUCGACUCUCACCUGCGUCGUUCCAUCGCUCCCAUCACCGACCCUCCGCAGUGGUUACUCCCACUCUCAUGCUUCCCUUUGUUUCUGACACCGGUCUUUGCCGGCUCUCAGUCUCUCACGCUCUCUUCUAGAAAAACCUCUCUUCUCCAGUGGGGGUCAUUACGCUACGCUAUUGUGUCUGUCCAGUGCUUUUGGCUUCCACUUGCUCAACCAAUGAGCAGUCUUAACGUAUCUUGUGACUGCAAUGAAGUGUUUUCGUAGUCUCUCUGAGCUAGGGCUUCUUUCUGAAUUGUCUUGAUAUCUUGGGACUCCACUCUCUUGCAAUUGGUUGUCGUAAAAUCCCUUCGGGUUUUACACUUUCGGUGUUGCCUUUAUUGGCCUUGUCCCAUGCUUCUGCUCUUGGUGACACUCGGUCUCUGUUCCACAAUCAUCUUUUUUAUCCAAGUUGCGUUAUCGUGCUUGCACUCCCCCCUCUGGUUUCACUGCAUUUCAUUUGACAGACAACAAAGCACUUUGUUGUGCAUUGUUGAGUAGCAUGUUAAAGUGAGAAAAGUUGACUAGAACAAGACAUACAGGGGUAUAUAGCCUAAUGAGUUGUACUCCGUAAGGCACAACCCCAUAUAGUCUACAGUAACAUACAAUAUAUGUUUGACACACCC